CGCACCCAUUCAUGCGCUUGCACUGUCCCUGCUUGUCCAUCACUGCAGCCUUCAACCUGAAACUUCAAGUAAUAUAAAAACAGACAGUCAUGCUUCAGAGAGUAUCCGUUAUUAAGCCAACUCGAUUGGUCACCAAUGUCAAUCGAUACAUCAAUCAUGAGGCUCGUGCUUAUCUCUCUACUAAACCAACUUCUCAGGAGGAUACCGUAAAAGCUAGUGCAGUCUAUAAGCGUCUCGGCAUUGAACUUUCGGACCCAGAACUUAUGACCCAAUCUAUUACACAUAAAUCAUUUGCUCACGCCACUGUACCCACGAAUGAGAGACUUGGGGCCCUAGGGCGUACAUUUUUGGAGCUUCAUGUCACUGAACAGAACUGGGACAAGACUAAGUCUAACGACACGUUGAAAGCAUCAGUCUCACAUUCACUUAGGAUGGACACAUUAGCCAAGAUUGCACGGUCGAUGGGUGUGGAUGAAGCAAUGCGCUGGAAAUCACCGUCGUCAGCACCAGGGGCAAAAGUCGGAGAAACUACAGUCUUGGCGCAAACGAUGGAAGCCAUUGUCGGGGCAGUAUACCACGACCAGGGAUCAAAGGCAGCAAGAGAGUUUGUGUCGAAACACAUUUAUACUUAUUAGAAAGUGAAAGGAGGAUAAGGGCAAGGCAGGGGGAGAGGUAAUCGAAUCGAGUAAAG